GAUAAAGCGUCUGCCGCAAAUGUUUUACCCUCUUGUGCCAAACCAGUAUUAGACUUUUUUGGUAUUCCUUCCGGAGUUAAUUUACGAGAUUGUUCGGCCGUUGAGAAGAAAGAUUUAUAUCAUAAUUGCACGGUUAUUUACACCACCAGCAGCGAGUUAGGUUUUGAUUAUCUUCGGAACAACCUGGUAACUAAUAUUGACGAGAAGCGGAAACAGGAUUAUUAUUAUGCCAUUAUUGACGAGGUCGAUUCUAUUUUGAUUGAUGAAGCCCAGAAUCCCCUGAUUAUUUCCCGACCCGCUCGGGGAAAAGGAAAAAUUCAUCCUCUUGAAUAUCAACUAGCCACCAAAAUAGCUAUUAAGCACUUUUACCAUAAAAAUAUUGAUUAUGUGGUGAAGCCAGAAGAACGUAAAAUAGAACUGAUUGAUGCCUUAACAGGCCGCUUGGUUCCUAACCGAGUUUAUGGGGCGGGAAUACACCAAGCCAUUGAAAGUAAAGAAAAUUUGCUCGUUAGCCCUAAAAGCCAAACCAUCGCUACUAUUACUUACCAAAACUUCUUCCGGCUUUUUACUAAAUUAGCCGGGAUGACCGGCACGGCUCAGAGUGAAGCCAAGGAAUUUCGAGAAGUUUACGGGAUGGAGGUCAUUAGUGUUCCUCCUUAUCGUCGGUUAAUUCGUCAAGACCACGAUGCCUUGAUUUUCUUUAAUCGGGAAAGAAAAUACCAAUCUAUUAUCCGCCAAGUUAAGAAAAACCUGGAAAAGACCGGACGACCAAUUUUAAUCAUUUGUCCGAGUGUGGAAGUUUCUGAACAAAUAUCAAGUUUGUUAAUUCAGGAAAGAAUUUUUCAUAACAAAUUAAAUGCGGUAAAUCACGAGGAAGAAGCCAAAAUUAUUGCUGAGGCGGGAAAAAUAGGCGUCGUGACGGUGGCUACUAAUAUGGCGGGUCGGGGCACUGAUAUUAGUUUAGACCAAGCCAGCCGUCAAGCGGGCGGUUUAUUAGUCAUAAUUGCGGAAAUGAAUUCUAUUCUCCGCAUUGAUAAUCAAGCCCGCGGACGGUCAGGCCGGCAAGGUGACCCUGGCGAAACCCAACCUUAUAUUGCUUUGGAUGAUGAUUUAUUGAAAAAUCUCGAUUUCAAAAAUAAAAUGAGUGGCUGA